GCGCCCUCGGUGACGUGCCUGGCCGAGGCCGCGCUAGGGCGCUCGUAGCUUGCCCGGGGCGGCUGUCAUGGCGUCGGAGGCGCUGGCUGAGGAGAGCCGGCUGCGGUCUCUGUAGAGCGCGGGGAGGGUGGCCGGGUAUGGAGAGCGGCCCUGACAGCCUGCAGCCGCGAGAACACGGGGUGGCGGCCGGGUCAGCGCCGGGGGCAGGUUCUCCUUUGGAAAGGCGACCGGAGCCGGGGCUCGCCGCUGGGGAUGGUCCCGGAGUCGGGGCGGCGGACAGCGGCGGCGGGAGCGGGCAGGGGGCGGCGGCGGAGGCAGCGGCGGCGGCGGCGGGCCCAAGCCUCCCGGACUCAGUUUCCCCCACGGGCUCUCCUCAGGCUCCCGGACCGUGCACCUCUUCGGACUUAAAAGAGAGCGCUUCGGAGAGUCCGGUCGCCGCGGAGGCGCCUCUGAGAGGGCGGCACAAGGUGACCGCCUCCCCGGAGCCCGCCGAGGCCGGAGCGGGCCGUGGGUCGGGACCCGCCGGCGACCCGGGAGCCCGGAGUCCCGCGCCCGCCGGCUCCGGGGAGCCCAGCAGCGCCGGCGGCCUGAGCAGCAGUUGCAGCGAGCCCAGCCCUCCUGAGGAAUCGCCGAGCCUGGACUCCCUGGAGUCGUUCUCCAACCUCCAUUCUUUCCCCAGUAGCUCCGAGUUCAACAGUGAGGAGGGUGCCGAACCCAGAGUCCCCGAGGAGGACGAGAAGGAGGAGGGAGAGGGCGCGGCCAGGGUGGCCCGCGCUGCCCCUCUGUGCCGAGAGGAGGACGGGGAGGACAGCGCUCAGGUGUUGGCGGCCUCCAAGGAACGCUUUCCCGGACAAUCUGUGUAUCACAUCAAGUGGAUCCAGUGGAAGGAAGAGAACACGCCCAUCAUCACCCAGAAUGAGAAUGGACCCUGCCCAUUGCUGGCCAUCCUCAAUGUUUUGCUGCUGGCCUGGAAGGUGAAACUUCCACCAAUGAUGGAAAUCAUAACUGCUGAGCAGCUGAUGGAAUAUUUAGGAGAUUACAUGCUUGAAUCAAAGCCAAAAGAAAUUUCAGAAAUUCAACGUUUAAAUUAUGAACAGAAUAUGAGUGAUGCUAUGGCAAUUUUACAUAAACUUCAGACGGGCCUGGAUGUAAAUGUCAGAUUCACUGGUGUUGGAGUAUUUGAAUACACCCCAGAGUGUAUAGUAUUUGAUCUUCUUGAUAUCCCUCUGUACCAUGGCUGGUUAGUGGAUCCUCAGAUUGAUGACAUUGUAAAAGCUGUUGGUAACUGCAGCUACAACCAGCUAGUAGAGAAGAUCAUCUCUUGUAAGCAGUCAGACAAUAGUGAGCUGGUUAGUGAAGGUUUUGUUGCUGAGCAGUUUCUAAAUAAUACAGCUACUCAGCUGACGUACCAUGGACUGUGUGAGCUCACGUCAACAGUACAGGAGGGAGAACUGUGUGUGUUCUUCCGGAAUAAUCAUUUUAGUACCAUGACCAAAUACAAGGGUCAGCUGUACUUGUUGGUAACAGACCAGGGGUUUCUUACUGAAGAAAAAGUGGUUUGGGAAAGCCUACACAAUGUCGAUGGUGAUGGCAACUUCUGUGACUCAGAAUUUCGUCUUCGGCCACCUUCGGAUCCUGAAACUGUGUACAAAGGACAGCAAGAUCAGAUAGAUCAGGACUAUCUCAUGGCGUUGUCUCUACAACAAGAGCAGCAGAGCCAAGAGAUCACGUGGGAGGAGAUCCCGGAAGGCGUCAGCGACCUGGAACUGGCCAAGAAGCUCCAGGAGGAAGAGGACCGCCGCGCUUCGCAGUACUACCAGGAGCAGGAGCAGGCGGCGGCCGCGGCCACGCAGGCCCAACAGGGCCAGCCAGCACAAGCCUCCCCGUCCAGUGCAAGACAAUCUGGAAGUAGUGAACGCAAGCGAAAGGAACCCCGGGAAAAAGAAAAAGAAAAAGAAAAGGAGAAAAAUAGCUGUGUCAUUUUGUAAGAUUGUAGCGUUGGAUUCUGUUGGAAGCACUCUUAUGUCUUGAGAAAGGAACCUGCAGGAGAAAGGGAAGAAAAUGACCCAUACCGUCUGUGCCUGAUUUCCCAAGGGAUUUUGUUCCUGCUUUUCAGGGGAAAGGUUGUUACUUUGUUACAAUCAAACUUUUUCAAGUCACACAAUACACUCUUUAUGAGCUCAAGUUUCUUGUUACAAGUCGGAAACUGCUGUGUGUUGUCAUUCAUGAAAAAAUACUGCACUUGUAGCCAAAUCACAGCAACUUCUGUGUCAUAGUGACAUUCAUAACUCAUAUCAGUUGGUAAGCUAUUUGUCUUCUGUUCUAACAGUGAAUGGAGGUAAUUCAUUUAGUCUGAUUCCUUCCUGAAAUCUAAACAUUAGCACAAUAGUUUCUGAAGUUUUUAUAAUGUUAAAUUGUAAUCUAAUUAAGGAGAAACCAGGGGUUUAAUAUGGGGACAAGGGGAGGGGUAACAGGAAUCAUUAAUCGUUUGAUUGUAUAUUGACUAGUUCAGCCCUUGAACAGCUUUACCUUUCUUUGGUAGUGUACAUUUUAGAUCUCAUCUUGAGAACUGAUCAUGGAGCUUGGAUUCGAUUUAGAUAGAAAUUCUUUUUUUAAAGAUUUGUAUUUCUUUUCCAAUAGCAAAAAAUCAUGUAAUACUAACACUUGUAACCUGUCCACAUCAGAUAUUAGUGGUUUUGUAGUGUUGUAAAAUCUUGAGGAACUUUGAAAUCUUUAACUAGGUAAGCUGGUCCAUUAUUCUAUCUAUUCAUGUUGGGCGGCUGAUGGGCGACAGCGUGAGCUGGCCUGCAAAGACAAGGUAGGAAAGCAGAUAGUUCGUGGUCUACCUUUUUCUAGAAUUACCUUGAACCUUAAAUUUUAAUCGUUUGUUGGUAUAAAAUUACAUAUACUUAUUCAAACAAAAAGCACAUUUCUAAAAGAAAAUGAGAGAUGAUCUGAUUCUAAUAAGAAUAUUAAUGAAAAUCAAGUAGAUAUGAAUUUGGAGGAAAUUAUGUAAGAGCAAUCAUAUUUUUUAACUUAUGAGAACCAAAUAAACCUAAAACAUCUUACUAGUGUUUAUAGGCAUAAGAAAGAAUAUUUAUUUAACUUUAUUAUGAGGUGAGACAUAUUUUUCCUGUAUUUCUAGAUAUAGUUUGGAAAACUAUCCUUAAUAGUCCCUUUUAUAUGCUUUGUAUUUAAAGUUUGUUUUGGUCAUUUAAAAAAAAAAGACUUGCUGCUGCCUGUAGCUGUGUGAUUUACAUUCACAGCCUCAGUCAGUUUAUUUAAGUAUAUCCUAAUCUGAGUGACCAGGUAAAGAAUAUUUCUUGUAGUCUUGGGGUAACAAGGACUAAACAAAAUGUGGUCUAGGUCUUUUUCAGCUGUAUCAACUUUCUCUAUGACUCAAAACCACUUGUAGGAUGAGUUCAUAUAUAAAAAGUAAAGUCUUAUUUAUGGAAAGGAUAUUCUAAGGGAAAAAAAUGCAGGGCCAAGCUUUGUAUCUUUCUAUGUCACAUGUCUGUGAGUGUUCUAUAAGUUGGUAUUUCUUCAAAUUUCCUAGUCAACAUGAUAAAUCACCAGAGUACCUGUGUGGGCAUAAAACUUGGAGAGAAAGUAUUUUGUGAGUCUCUUAAUUAUAACCUAAAAUAUGUGUCCCUUGGUAAUCAAAACUGUCUUUUGACAUCAACCCAAGUUUACUCUUGACACUGAUUGGAGACAAAAAC